AUGGAUGGUAAAAAGUUAAAGGGAUCAGGUCGCUUUGGUUAUUCAGAUAUUUUUGUUUUGAAAGGAAUAGGUGAUAUUUACUAUAUUAGCUUAGAAUUAAAAUAUAUUCCAUUAGUUGGUUUAAUAAAAAAUCAGAAAGUUAAAUAUGGUGCAAAUGAGUUAGAAAACUUAGAUAAAAUCCUUGAAAAGGAAAAUGAAGAAGAUUUACUAAAAAGACCAUAUGCAUAUUGGUCUAAAGAAUAUAAAAGAACAAACCAGACAACUAUAGGUGAAGUAUUAAACAGUGGUAUAAGUCAACUGGAAUCAUAUAUGAAUACAAUUUCAAAGGGAAGAGUUGUUGAUUAUUCUAGUUCAGGAAUAUUUGAUGAACGUGUCAAAAUAGUUAAAUCAAAUCCUAAUAAAUUAAAAGGAUUUGUCAUUUUAGUAAUUGGUUUUCAUUGUAUUUUAUGGAAACCUGUUGAUGAAGUAAUAUCUAAUUAUACAUAUAAUAUAAUUUAA